AUGGAACAAGCCUACGUCCACGCCACCUCUGAGGUGCUGGGCCACUUCAAUGUCACCGAAGCGAAGGGACUCUCUUCGCAACAAGUGAUAGAGGCGCGAAAACGGUAUGGGAGCAAUUCUUUACCAGAAGAACCUCCGACGCCUUUGUGGCAACUCGUCCUCGAACAAUUCAAGGAUCAGCUGGUCUUGAUCCUCCUCGGUUCUGCCGCGAUAUCAUUCGUACUUGCCCUGUUCGAAGAGUCGGACGACUGGACCGCGUUUGUGGACCCGGCCGUGAUCUUGACAAUCCUGAUUUUGAAUGCGGUCGUAGGCGUCACGCAGGAAAGCAGUGCCGAGAAGGCGAUCGCGGCUCUCCAGGAAUACUCUGCAAAUGAAGCAAAAGUCAUUCGAGAUGGUCAAGUCCAAAAGGUCAAGGCUGAAGAUUUGGUGCCCGGAGACAUUGUCACCGUGGCCAUUGGCGACCGCAUCCCGGCCGAUUGUCGACUCGUGUCCAUACACAGCAACAGUUUUGCGGUUGACCAAGCCAUCCUAACCGGCGAAAGUGAGAGUGUGAGCAAAGACUGCAGGGCGGUUAAAGAUGCGAAGGCUGUGAAACAGGACCAGAUCAAUAUGCUUUUCUCAGGGACAACUGUUGUCACUGGACAUGCUUCUGCCGUCGUUGUGCUUACUGGAAGCUCUACCGCAAUUGGCGAUAUUCAUGAAAGCAUCACCUCCCAAAUAUCCGAGCCGACGCCUCUCAAGGAGAAAUUGAAUGACUUCGGCGACACUCUUGCGAAGGUUAUUACGGUGAUCUGCAUCCUGGUCUGGCUCAUCAACAUCCAACACUUCAACGACCCGUCUCAUGGCGGCAGCUGGGCAAAGGGAGCAAUCUACUACCUAAAGAUUGCCGUGUCUUUGGGUGUUGCCGCGAUUCCAGAAGGUCUAGCCGUUGUCAUCACCACCUGUCUUGCUUUGGGAACGAGAAAAAUGGCUGCUAAGAACGCCAUUGUCCGAAGUCUACCAUCGGUCGAAACUUUGGGAAGCUGCAGUGUUAUCUGUUCUGAUAAAACAGGCACCCUUACGACAAACCAGAUGAGCGUCGAGAAAGUUGUUUAUCUGAAUGAAAGUGGUAACGACCUCGAUGAGAUUGAAGUCAAAGGUACGACUUUUGCUCCGAUAGGCGACCUCGUUCAGAACGGCAAGAAACUGCUAAACCCAGCAGUUACCUCCAGCACACUGAAACAGAUGUCGGAAGUUCUAGCUUUAUGCAACGAGUCUUAUUUGUCGUAUGAUGAGAAGAACAACACCUACCAGAAUAUCGGCGAGCCGACGGAGGGCGCUCUUCGUGUGUUGGUCGAGAAGAUCGGCACUGACGAUACGGCCACAAACGGCACCAUGAACGCACUGUCUGCCGCCGAGAGAGUCCACUUUGUCAGCAAACACUACGAGUCCAAGCUUCCUAUGCAGGCCGUCUACGAGUUCUCCCGUGACCGUAAGAGCAUGUCUGUCUUGGUCGGCAGCGGCGAACAGCAAAAAUUGCUUGUCAAGGGUGCCCCCGAGUCCAUUCUCGAGCGAUGUUCGCAUGUCCUCCUUGGCUCGAAUGGUCGCAAAGUUCCAAUAACUAAGAAGCAUGUCUCACUCAUAUCUGAAGAAGUGGUCGACUACGGCCGAAAAGGUCUCCGCGUCCUCGCCCUUGCCAGUAUCGACAACGUCGGCAACAACAAGCUGCUCCAUAACGCUAAAACCACCAGCGAAUACUCCCAGCUUGAACAGAACAUGACGCUGAUCGGUUUGGUCGGCAUGCUUGACCCUCCACGUCCUGAGGUUGCCGCUUCGAUUCAAAAGUGCAGGGAGGCCGGCAUUCGUGUCAUUGUCAUCACCGGUGACAACCAAAACACUGCCGAGACUAUUUGUAAGCAGAUUGGUGUCUUUGGGCACGAUGAGGAUCUUAGAGGCAAAAGCUAUACAGGCCGACAGUUCGAUUCACUCAGCGAGUCCGAGAAACUUUCUGCAGCAAAGACAGCAUCGCUCUUCUCCCGGGUAGAGCCUACCCACAAAUCUAAACUAGUCGAUCUGCUGCAAGCUGCGGGUGAGGUUGUUGCCAUGACAGGUGACGGUGUGAACGAUGCACCAGCGCUCAAGAAGUCGGACAUUGGGGUCGCGAUGGGCACGGGGACCGACGUCGCCAAGUUGGCUGCUGACAUGGUUCUUGCUGACGAUAAUUUUGCUACUAUCGAGGUCGCGAUCGAGGAAGGCCGUACGAUCUACUCCAACACACAGCAAUUCAUCCGGUACCUCAUCUCCAGCAACAUCGGCGAAGUAGUGUCAAUCUUCCUCACUGCAGCACUGGGUCUACCAGAAGCUCUAAUUCCGGUACAACUACUUUGGGUCAAUCUCGUUACUGAUGGUCUGCCAGCUACUGCACUCUCUUUCAACCCCGCCGACCACGAUGUCAUGCGUCGUUCUCCACGCAAACGUGAUGAGCCGUUGGUCAGUGGCUGGCUGUUUUUCAGAUACAUGGUUGUUGGCACGUACGUUGGCGCAGCCACCGUGUUCGGCUAUGUGUGGUGGUUUAUGUUUUAUUCUUCCGGCCCCCAUAUCUCCUUCGCACAGUUGAGCAACUUUCACAAAUGUUCGGCUACCAAUCCACUCUACGCGAAUGUCGAUUGUGGCAUCUUCGCACCAAACGCUAUUUCUAACCGCACGGCGUCGACGAUAUCACUGUCAAUUCUAGUGGUUAUCGAAAUGUUCAACGCCAUGAACGCGCUUUCGAGCUCAGAGUCUUUGCUCACUAUGCCAUUGUGGAAGAACAUGAAGCUGAUCUACGCGAUCUGUCUAUCGAUGGCACUUCACUUUGCUAUCCUGUACACCCCAUUCUUGCAGACUUUGUUCUCAAUUGAACCUCUCAAUCUAGCUGAGUGGUCAGCCGUCCUGUGGAUCUCGGUGCCAGUGAUAUUCAUUGAUGAGGCGCUGAAGGUAUUUGAAAGAGCGUUCUUCCUGAGCAAGACUGAGGCGGCAGUUGAGGCGCAUAAGAGCGAAGGACCUGGAUCUGUGGCCAAUGGAAAGGUCAAGGCCAAUUAA